AUGGCGACAGAAGUUGAAGAAACUAUCAAGAGAAUUCAAGCACAUAAGGGUGUUAUGGGUGUCGUCAUCGUCAACCAUGAAGGAAUUCCUAUAAAAAGCUCUUUGGAUAACGCAACAUCUGUGUUAUAUGCUGGUUUGAUUGGUCAACUUACAGAAAAAGCGAAAAAUGUUGUUCGUGAGAUGGACUCUACAAAUGAAUUGACAUUUUUGAGAGUAAGGAGUAGAAGACAUGAGAUACUGAUUGCACCUGACCGAGAAUUUAUUCUUAUAGUGAUCCAGAAUACUUCAGAC